UCCACCGCUCUGUCGCGAGCCGCAUCGCUGCUUUCGUUCUGUCUUUACGUCUCUGUGUCCUUCGUCGGGGAAGGAUGAGGCGAUUGCAAAAUUGAUAUCAAUCGACCACCACUCUGUAGGCUACUCCAUCCCCAAGAGCCUCCUCUUAGGGGUUUUAAAGCAAAGAAAAUAUUUACUAUUUUACUCUUUUUAACCCCUGUCUUGGAAAUAAAUGUGUAAAUGGCUGGAGCACAGCCCGGAGUUCACGCACUGCAGCUCGAACCCGUCUCCGUUCCGGAGAGUCUGAAGAAAGGCAGCAGGUUCAUGAGAUGGGAUGAUGAUUCCUCCGCAGUGACCCCUGUGAACUUACGAGUGGAUCCGCAGGGAUACUACCUGUACUGGACGGAUCAGAAUAAGGAAACCGAGUUUUUGGACAUCACUUACAUUAAGGAUGCAAGAACCGGAAAGUGCACCAAAACACCAAAGGAAGCCAAGCUGCGUGAGCUGCUGGACGUGGGGAAUCUGGUUGGGAGGAUAGAGAACCGGUUGCUGACCGUGGUGAGCGGUCCAGACAUGGUCAAUAUCACCUACUUGAACUUCAUGGCCUUCCAGGAGGAAGUGGCAAAGGAGUGGGCAGAGUCUCUGUUCAGCCUGGCCUCUAACCUGCUGGCACAUAACAUGUCCAGAGAGUCUAGCCUGCAGAAAGCGUACACAAGACUUACACUACAGCUGAACCCGGAGGGAAGGAUUCCCGUCAAGAACAUCUUGAGGAUGUUUUCUGCUGACAGAAAGCGCGUGGAGACAGCGCUGGAGAGCUGUAGCCUCCCAUCUGGACGGAAUGACUCUAUCCCUUUGGAGAACUUCACCCCAGAUGUCUACAAAGACUUCCUCAGUAACAUCUGCCCACGACCAGAAAUUGACCAGAUCUUCUCAGAAAACGGUGCCAAUAAGGGGCGUUACCUCAGCGUGGAGCAGAUGACCGACUUCAUCAACAACAAGCAGCGGGACCCCCGACUGAACGAGAUCCUGUACCCACCACUAAAGCCGGAUCAAACCCAGCUGCUCAUUGACAAAUAUGAGCCCGACAGCAAUGUGGCUCAGAGAGGCCAGAUUUCUGUGGAGGGGUUUUCCCUGUAUCUCAUUGGUGAGGAGAAUGUAGUUAUCCCUCCUGAGAAACUGGAUCAGAGUGAAGACAUGACCUUUCCCCUCUCCCAGUACUUCAUCAACUCCUCCCACAACACCUACCUCACAGCGGGCCAGCUGGCUGGGAACUCGUCAGUGGAGAUGUACCGGCAAGUUCUGCUGUCAGGCUGCCGCUGCGUGGAGCUGGACUGCUGGAAAGGCCGAACUGCCGAGGAAGAGCCCGUCAUCACGCACGGCUUCACCAUGACCUCUGAGAUCUCCUUCAAGGAAGUCAUUGAGGCCAUUGCUGAAUGUGCUUUCAAAACGUCACCCUACCCCGUAAUUCUGUCCUUCGAAAACCACGUGGACUCUCCAAAGCAACAAGCGAAGAUGGCAGAAUACUGCCAAUCGAUCUUUGGUGAUGCGCUGUUGAUUGAACCCCUGGAAAAGUACCCUCUGGAAUCAGGUGUGCCACUGCCCAGCCCCCAGGAGCUGAUGGGUAAGAUCCUCAUUAAAAACAAGAAGAAAUCCCACAAGCCCUCUGACGACAGUGCCAAGAAGAAGCUGGCAGAGCAGACCUCCAGCACCACCAGCGAUUCCUCCACUCCUUUUGAGCCUUCAUCACCUGGCGCAGGGGAAGUGGAAGCAGAGAGCGAUGAAGAUGACGAGGAAGACGACGACUGCAAGAAGACCUCAGAUGAGGGGUCGUCAGAGCGGGAAGCAUGUGCCACAGAAGAGAUGUCCACCCUGGUCAAUUAUGUUCAGCCAGUCAAGUUCCACACCUUCGAGGCCUCCAAAAAAAUAAACCGCAGCUAUCAGAUGUCAUCCUACGUGGAGACCAAGGCACUGGAGCUUCUCACAAAGUCACCUGUGGAGUUUGUGGAGUACAACAGGCUGCAGCUCAGUCGAAUUUAUCCCAAAGGCACUAGGGUGGACUCCUCCAACUACAUGCCCCAAGUCUUCUGGAACGCUGGGUGUCAGCUAGUGGCUCUGAACUUCCAAACUAUCGACCUGUCUAUGCAGUUAAACCUGGGCAUGUACGAGUACAACGGGAAAAGCGGAUAUCGGCUCAAACCUGAAUUCAUGCGCCGGCCAGACAAGAACUUUGACCCCUUCACCGAGAGCACAGUGGAUGGGAUUGUAGCCAAUACACUGUCAGUCAAGAUCAUAUCUGGGCAGUUCCUGACAGAUAAGAAAGUUGGCACACAUGUGGAAGUUGAAAUGUUUGGGUUGCCGGUGGACACCAGACGGAAGGCAUUCAAAACAAAAACCUCACAGGGAAAUGCCAUCAACCCAGUGUGGGACGAAGAGCCAAUUGUCUUCAAGAAGGUUGUUCUGCCCACGUUGGCCUCUCUGAGAAUGGCUGUAUUUGAGGAAGGGGGGAAGUUCAUUGGGCAUCGAAUCAUCCCAGUGUCUGCCAUUCGUCCAGGUUAUCAUUACAUUGGCCUCCGGAAUGAGAAGAACCAGUCACUUACACUACCAGCUGUAUUUGUUUAUAUUGAGGUCAAGGACUAUGUGCCAGAUACCUUUGCAGAUGUGAUCGAGGCUCUGUCCAACCCAAUCAGAUAUGUCAACCUGAUGGAGCAGAGAGCCAAUCAGCUGGCGGCGCUGACUCUGGAAGAAGGAGAAGAAGUCAUUAGUAAAGAGGUGGAGCCUGGGGCAGAUUUACCGUCUGAACCCACAAGUGACCCCAAACCUGCCCCUUCAGAGAACGGGGUGAGCCACACCCCCUGUAUCACCAGUCACCCCAAACCACAGUCUCAGGUGACUCACCAGCCCCAGCCAACAGGAUCAGUGAAGCCAGCUGUCAAAACAGAGGACAUCGUGCAUAGCGUUCUCACGGAGGUGGAAGCUCUCUCGGUUGAGGAGCUGAAGAGGCAGAAGGCGUUUGUGAGGGAGCAGAGGCGGCAGUACAAAGAGAUGAAAGAGCUCACUAAGAAACAGCACAAAAAGACCACGGACACCAUUAAAGAACACACGGCCAGGUACAAUGACUUCAACAGCGACUACCAGCGCAGGAGAGCCACGCUGCAGAAGACCGCCAAAAGAGACGGUAAGAAAAGGAGUGGGUCGUCCAGUGUGGAGUCGGGCCCCUCGCCCAGCGAGCAGGAGCUGGCCGUUCUGGACCAGGAGAGCGGGGAGAAGCUGGCCGAGCUGAAGGGGCAGCAGCAGCAGCAGCUUCUGGACCUGCGGCAGGAGCAGUACCACAGCGAGAAACUCCACAAACGAGAGCACAUCAAACAGCUCAUGGAGAAGCUGACUGUGGUGGCUGAAGAAAGCCAGUGCAACCAGCUGAAGAAAUUAAAAGACAUUUGUGACAAGGAGAAGAAAGAACUGAAAAAGAAAAUGGACAAGAAAAGACAGGAGAUGAUGACUGAGGCCAAAUCAAAGGAGAAACAUCUGAGUGAGGAAGAGAAGCUAGAGAUCAACCGGUCCUAUGUGAAUGAAGUUGUGCAAUGCAUCAAACGGUUAGAGGAGGCUCAGGCCAAGAGAGAAGAGAAGCUUCUGGAAAAACACAAAGAUGUUCUUCAGCAAAUCAUGGAGGAAAAGCCAAAGCUGCAGACGGAGCUGGACCAGGAAUAUCAAGACAAGCUGGGUCGGUUGCCGGUGGAGAUCCAGGAGUUUGUGCAGGAGGCCACUAGGGGAAAGGCCAGUGAGGAGGAAGAGCUCAGCGGCCCCUCUCCCAGUGAGACACUCCAAAAGCCCAACCACAGGGCCAACCAAUUGGAGAAUGAUAUCGAAAAGCCCAACCACAAGGUCAGCCAGUCAGAGAACGACACAGACGAAGACACUGCAGAGAAAGCGGUGGACCCACCGCACUAGACCGCCCUACUGCACCUUGGGCUAGUUUCUGUUUAUGUAACGGAUAUUGUUUAAUUAACAUUUUACAAUUUGUUUUUCUUAUUAUUCAGGCUACUUGCAGUUUUGCGGGAGCAGGGGUCUUUACUUAUUAACCACGGAUCACAGGAAAUUACUUGAAUUAUUUGACGGAGAGAGAACUGUUUACUUUUCACAUUUCCAUAAUGAUUGAGUAGUAACCAGUGUGGUAGCAGUGUGGUCAAUUCCAUAUUAUUAUUAUCUUUUACUGUAUUGGGGUCAUAAUCAGAUUGUUUGGGAUUAUGUGCCAUACAUGGUAAAACACUACAUAUACUUAAAUACUUUUCAUAUUAUCAUUUUUCUUUCUGAGAAAAAUCUGCUUCUACCAUAGCCUAGUUUGAUAAAUGGGUGUUUAUGAACAACAGGCUAGGUGUGAUCGUCUUGGCUAAGCCAGGCUUUUUGCUUAUGUGUGUGUAUGUACGCAUGCACACACAUGCAUGUGUGUGUGUGUGUAUGUGUGUGUUUCUCAAGUGAAAGGCUAAGUCCAUUGGAGUACUGCAGAUUCACACCUGCCCCUCUGAAACACAUUGCUCAUACGACACUGUAUAUUUGCACUGAACCCACACGGAUGUCCUCUUUGGACUGGAGCCCUGCUCUGUUGGCAUCUUACAUUUUGAAUUCUCUUUAAAGGUAUAUAUUUACAGUAUAUGCGUACGGCUGCUGCUGACGAUGCUCCUUUUUAUUUUCUCUGUGUGUAUUCAAAAUCUUCAUUAACAUUUACAUUUUUUAACAAUAUUAUACUGUAUGGUUUAUUCUAUAUGAUCCAAACAGUUUGAAAUCCUCGGUGUUUGCUCCGGAUUUAGUGGUUUCUGACUGUGAGAUGUGCAUGGGUAAAUACUGUGUGCGUUAGUACGUGGAUAUGUGUACAGGUGAACUGUUGUAUCUGUGACACUGUAGUGUGGAAUGAACUAUCUUUUGAUUUUAAGCAGAACACAGUUCAUAUACAGCUGAAUUAAUCAACUGAAAUCACGAAACUGCAGUAUGUAUGUCUUGAGCAAGUUGCAUUGCAGAAAAACAACAUUGUAUAUAUAUAAAUAAUAACUUAUUUCUCGAAAUAGUAACAGUGACGGUAAACCUAAAAUGUACAGUCAUAUUUUACUCCUCUUUUCUCCGGCUUUAUACACUUCAAAAAAACGUAAACUGUAAUGGGUUAUUUAUUAAUUAAUUUAUUGAAUUAUUUAUUUAUUUAUUAGUUCUUGUUUGUUUUGAAUAAUGAAAUGCAAUGGCAUGGCUGUCAGCUGCCAGUGGUACAGCUCUUGGGAUUGUAAAUUGGUACCAAAAAUGACUUUGCAUAAACCUCACAUAAUUAGUAGAAACAGUCAAGCAGAAUAUUCCUCUUCGAUAGAGUUAAAAGGGAAAGCGAACGUAUUCACUGAGAGCCCCCGUACGCGCACAUUUGUUUUUAUAGUGAUCGAAGAGCAGCUUCAGUUAGAUUAACAGUAGCAUUACAAAAAUGUGAUUAUGAAAAUGCAAGGCCAUUACAUACUAUUAAAAUAAAAUGAGAUAAUGUCAUUAACCUGCCCAGCCACCUCCAAACUUUUCCCCUCUCAUUUGGCAGCACUUGCGGUCUAAUAUUCUAUUGUAUGUAUCUGGGAAUGCUGUCCUCCAAAAGGCAAAGUGUACAGAUUAAUGUAGAAUGCUGCACUGUUCAGAAGAAAACUGUGUAGAAAAUCAUUGGUAUUUAACAGAUUCCAUUGUGUUGCACAUUUAAAUGUAUUGAACAUUAUUUCUCACAGACUUAAUCAGUUAAGAUUCAAAAACGGAAUAUAGUCCAUCUACAACUAUAUAAAUGCGGUUGUUCACUUAACAUAACUAUGAGCUAAACUUUUGGUUUUGGUAUUUGAAGUGACACAUCAGUGGUAGUUUUGUCUAACUGACCUUUUUAUGCAUGCAAAAGUUUCAAUUCAUGUGCCCUUUUUCUUUAACAAACAUAGAAAAUACAUUAAAUGUACAAUAAAGUACAAUUUUGAAUAACUCCCAGUAACACGAUAAGUAAAUGUUCACGUACAAUAAAUUCUACAACAUAAUAUUAAUCCAGUAUAAAUGAUUUAGAGGGGUUUUUAUAUACAUUUUUAAGAAAUUGCUGACAUUGUUUUUUGUUGUUUUGACCAUUUUAUUCUAUUUUUAUUUAGGCAUUUUUAUCAUUUCUUUUAAAAUUACUUGAAUGAGGUUUAAACAAAUUUUGUGAAAAUCUGUUAUUUAAAUGUUCUUAUUGACGUGACAGUUCUGUGCCUUUAAGAUCUUGCCAUGUUAGAUGUCGAAUGUAAAAAAAUUCAUUUUUGAGUGAACUGUCAAUGUUUGGAGCCAUCCGUUUUAAUGGACUGUGUGCAUUAUUAAUGUUUACACUAAACUUCUGCUUGGCAUUUACCUUUGUUUAGGUUUUAUUUAUCAAAUGCCAUUUUUAUGUCUUCUUUUGGACAAGUGUUUAUAGUUUAUUUAUAAAUACAGUAUAUUAGGUUGGAUAUGUACAUGUUUAUUUCAAGUUGUCAUUGUCAUAUAUUUCUAUUGUUUUUUACUUUUCUGAAUAUACAGCAUUAACGUUUUAGUGGCCCCUGUAUUGUGAUUGGGUUUUGAAAUGAAUAUGGAUCUUGUAAAAUACAUUUAGAUGUAAGUGGAUAUUGUGAGACUGUGACUGGUCUUAACUGCUUAUGAUGUAAUAGCUCUCUAAGUGAUUUGACCUAAAAUACAUUGACAGAAACAUUUUGUAAAAGGAAUAAAAAGUAUUCUAUGCAAUUUUGUGGCAUGAUAACUUCCAUGUUUGAUUUAAUGUGCUUUCAUCAUUAUUCCAAAGGAAAUAAUAAUAAAAAACGAAAUUGAAACA